GCUCUGGUGGACUCACAAAACGAGAUGAAACGGAUUCAGAAUGAGGCAUUACAAGUGCAUCAAAAAUUGGACGAUCAAAUUGCCCAGCUCAAGCGGGAAAAAGAAGACAGCACAGAUAAAAUUCAACGACUUUUAGCCCGGAAGGAAGAACUGAAAGACGUGGUUGCGGAUUUGGAGGGCAAAUUGGAUGAACUGAAAUCCCAAAAUGACGCAAUCAGUAGUCGUUGGCAAGAUCGAACAAGUUUGUUGGACAAAUUGGAAAAACAGGUGGAACAAAUGCGACGCGGUUGGGAAGAAGAGCAACAACUGCUCAUCACCGAACGAGAUGAUGCAAAAAAUCGCGCGGUCUCACUUCAAGCACAAAUGGAGCGUAUGGAUGCUGCGUUCCGCAAACAGAUGGCCGCGACGAUUGAAGCGAACGAUCGGGCAAUUUCCGCUGCACGCCUGGAUGCAGAGAUGAUUCGUUCCAGCUGUGAAAGUCGUGUGGCCGAGGUGGAGGCAGAGAUGCGAGUCGUUUUGGUGGAGACCGAAGAAGCACGCCAAGCGAUGGAAUCACGUUUGCGUAAGCUCUCCAGCGUGCUCUGUGAUCCAUUAUCUGCAGAACCCAGUCUCCCCGCCGAACGUUCCACACAUCACAGUCACCACCAUUCUCACACCUGUCCGCAUGGGACUGAAUGGAGUGCCACACCUCCAUCUCCAUCACUACCCCCACAUUCUGCUUCCAUUGGUCUGACAGCCAGUACACGCUUGGGAUCCUCACGUUUGAACUCACCACCCCCACUGGGUCACACGUGUGCUCGAAUGGUCCAUCCACUCAACUCUUGUGAACGGGAUAUGGGGUCUGGAUGUGACGCUGGGAUUCACCGCAGUCCGCACUAA